UCUCAGUGACGUUUGGUCGAGUCGAGUUACUGCGUCUCCAGCUGUGUAUCAGGCUGCUGCUGUUCUUCUAGUCUUAAUCCAGCCCUAGGAGAAACACUUUUACGUGGGUGCAUGAGUCAUCAGCAUCCCUACUGCAUACUGCCAGAAUCUCAAGAAGUAUCUCUUGGGUGUACUCACUGACAUAUAUAUACUUGUUGCGGAAGCUGAAUUUCAAUUAUCCCAAACUCUCAUUGGAAAUUGACCGGCUGUUCCUAGUUGUAGGAAUUUAAUCUAAAUUAAGGGGAAAUUUAAAUCCCUCCCCCCCCCACACACAAAACAAACAAACCAACCCACUCCAAAAAACAAUUUAAAUUUUAUGAAUAACCCCUCAUUCAUUCAUAUGCUUGUCUAAAAUAUUUUUAAUAAAGGAAAUUCUUGGGACUUCCACUUGUUUAGUUGAGAAUAAUUAAUGAAGUGACAAGCAGCCAUAUCUUGCAAAAUGAAUUCUAUUUUUUUCCAGGAAGUUUCAGUAGUUUAGAAGAGGUGAUCCGAUUUCAGUAGCCUACUUAAGAUUUUCUUUUCUUUUUUCUAAGCUAUUUUCACUGCUACUUCUUAAUGAAAAGAAAGGUGGCGUAGGGGAAAAAAAAAAGGGUGGUGUUUUCUCUCAAAAGAUGGUUCUGGUCCUCUUGGUAGGGAGGGCAGAAGCAGUCUUUUAUGUAAAUGAAGUGGGCGGGAGAGCCAGAGCAGGGUCCGAAGACCGCUCUCUAUGUAGAUGAGGUGGGUGUGGCUAAAGUACAGCGACUCUGAGCCCCGGAAGCGCGGAGAAAUCCCUUAUAAAAAAGUACAGAAGACAUUUCCCAAGCCAUAACUGCUAAAGCUCUAGAGGCUGAAGCUUAGGAUAGACCACAGCUGCAAUAGCAGCAGAAGCAGCAGCCGCCCAGGACAGAGUAGCUCCUACGGCUGCUGUCCCAGGCUCCUGGAGGGGAGAGAGCGGCGCUUAAGAAGAAGAGGAAGUAGAGGGAAAAGAGUAAAGAUCUUGGGCACCGAGAAACCCGCACUCUGCCAGCCAGCCAGAGAACGAAGGGUACAGAAAGUACGAAAGAGGUUAAUUGGCCAGGAUUCAGGAAGAGAACCUCCUUUGCCCACCUCUGCACCUCCAACUACCCACGGCUCCUUCUCACUUUGUCCUAGGAUUUCUCUCCUUCACGGUUGUGUUCACUCACUGAGCUCUUCGGAGCAGGAGGCUGCGACUGAGUCCAGGGCAUAACCUGGCAUUUACUUGGCAUUUCGCAACGGAGGGAAAACGGCUCUUUACCAUGGCUGAUGACGAAAGUGCCAAAAUCACUCGCAUCUGUACUGGUAGCGGCAACGACUGGUGCGGUUGCAGCUGUAGCAACAGCAACUUCGGUGGGAAUAACUGCUGCGUUAGCUGCUGUGAGAACCCCACCAUGCAUUGUAACGUCCUGAGCUGGGAGCAAGUGCAGCGACUCGACGACAUCUUGAGCGAGACUAUCCCCAUCCAUGGCCGGGGCAACUUUCCCACCCUAGAGAUGCAGCCGCGUCAGAUAGUGAAGGUGGUGAGGAGCCGCCUGGAGGAGAAGCGCAUUGGGGUCCGGGACGUGCGGUUAAACGGCUCUGCCGCUAGCCACGUCCUACACCAAGACAGUGGCCUGGGCUACAAGGACCUGGACCUCAUUUUCUGUGCGGAUCUCCAGGGGGAAGAGGAGUUUCAGACUGUCAAGGACGUGGUCCUGGACUGCCUUUUGGAUUUCUUACCGGAAGGAGUGAAUAAGGAAAAGAUUACGCCGCUGACUCUUAAGGAAGCUUAUGUGCAGAAAAUGGUAAAAGUAUGCAAUGACUCAGACCGAUGGAGUCUCAUCUCUCUGUCAAACAACAGUGGCAAAAAUGUGGAACUGAAAUUUGUGGAUUCCCUGCGGCGCCAGUUUGAGUUCAGUGUAGACUCUUUCCAAAUCAAGUUAGACUCUCUCCUCCUCUUUUAUGAAUGCUCAGAGAAUCCAAUGACUGAAACUUUUCACCCCACUAUAAUUGGGGAGAGUGUCUAUGGGGAUUUCCAAGAAGCUUUUGAUCACCUUUGCAACAAGGUCAUUGCUACCAGAAAUCCAGAAGAAAUCAGAGGAGGAGGGCUUCUUAAAUACUGUAAUCUUUUGGUUAGGGGAUUUAGGGCGGCUUCUGAAGCUGAAAUUAAGUCCCUCCAGAGGUAUAUGUGUUCCAGAUUUUUCAUCGACUUCUCAGACAUUGGUGAACAGCAGAGAAAAUUGGAAUCCUACUUGCAGAAUCACUUUGUGGGAUUGGAAGACCGCAAGUAUGACUAUCUCAUGACCCUUCACGGUGUGGUGAAUGAAAGUACGGUGUGUUUGAUGGGACAUGAGAGAAGACAGACUUUGAAUCUCAUUACCAUGCUGGCUAUCCGUGUGCUGGCUGAGCAAAAUAUUAUUCCCAAUGUGGCCAAUGUCACCUGUUACUACCAGCCAGCUCCUUAUGUAGCAGAUGCUAAUUUUAGCAAUUACUAUAUUGCCCAGGUUCAACCAGUGUUCACCUGCCAGCAGCAUACAUACUCAACCUGGUUGCCCUGCAAUUAAGGACCAUUUGAAAAAUGUCUAGUGGGAAAAGUUUUCCUAAGAAUUUUUUUUUUUUUUAAGAGUGACCCUGUCUGUAGAAUGGGGUGUGUUUUGUGCAAUGAUGAUCUGCUCCAGUGUUCAAGCUUGAUAAAGCUUGUUGAUAUUUUAAUAGACAUGGGAGCAUGAUCUAGAAAUGAACCAAAAACAAAACAAAACAAAAAAAAAGAAAAAAAAAGAAAAAAAUUGGAUUCUACCCUGGAGCACAAGAGGCCUGUCAUUAAAAGCAACCGGCUUCUCCUGAUAUAAAAAAGGGAAGGAGUGCUUGAUGACAAUAUGGGUUUGCAGUACCUGCUCCCAUAGCUUUGGCAUAGACAAAGUUGGAAAGCUUUUUCUAGAAUGGUAUUUGAAAAUGGGAGAAUGUGAAAAAAAAUCUUACCCAAUUUACUACUAUAUAUUUUGGAGUUUAAUUUAAAAAUGUAGAGGCAUAAUGCAGAGAAAAAGCUGAUCUCAAGUAUAUUGGAAUGUCUUUGGAGCUUGCAAACAGAUGUUGUCUGUGGAAUGAUCCCAUAGAAUGUAUUGCUAGUUUGAAUAGAAUGCUCAAACUGAACAGUUUUCUCCAAAUGAACAGUAGUAGAUUGGUGUAGUUAUCAUGAAAAACGGCAGACCUUACAAUGAUACAAUUCAUUAUUUCCAGCUGAGUGCAUAGUUCAUGUUUUAAAAAUAUGAAAAUGCAAACAAAAAGAGGCUGUAGCAAAGAAAGUAUGCUCAAGGACCAAAGAUUUCCCAGACAAAAUACCCAAGUAGAGAAAGGGUAGCAUAAUAUUAAAAAUAUAUAUAUAUUUGUAUACACCAAUAUGAAUCAAAGUGCCUGUUGCCUUCAGAAAAUUUGAAGUAAAACAACACAAUUUUAUGGUUUAACCAUGUAUUUUGUUUUAUCAGGGACACAAGAAGAAAACAUAACCCAACAUAAGCUUGUGAAUUAAUGGCGGAGGAAAUGCCCUAUUUUUCUUGGCAAAUACUUGUAUAAAGUUAAUGUUAUUGUCAGUGUGAUGUUAUAGUUGUGGUGUAUAUGUGUGUAUCUUAUGUGUGUAUAUAUGUGUAUGUGAUAUAUGUAUAUAUACACACAAUACAUUGAAUAUGGUCUAGGACAAUGUAGCAAUUAGGGAAUGUUUAAAUAAAGUAUUGUGUGUUUUCCAGUUUCCAGCAG